AUGCCGUCGGGGAAAUAUUACUGCGAUUACUGCGAGAAAGAAUAUUUGCACCCUAACAACAACAUUCCAGGAUUCACCAAUCAUACACAACCUCAUGCUCGAUUUGCUAACCAACAAGCCCAAGCAACUAGUUUAAACCGUGAUUUCCUUAGCGGGAGAAGUGGAACAAGUUGGUUUGAUCUUCCGCCAUCGCUGAAACCGCCUCCUGAGCAUGGCUAUCCUCAGCUUCCCUCCAUAGACUGGGGAUAG